GCGAGCCGCGGAGAAGCGGAAGUGGGGACGGGCGGCGGCCUGCACUUGGGCUCCGCCGGGCCUUUGGCGACCACGUCGCAGGAGUUCCAGGCCCCGCCCAGCGGUCGGCGCUGACGUGGCUCCCGGAAGUGGGCUGCGCUGGGCCAACAUGUUGCAUCAGGACAGUAAUGAUGAAAGUGAAGAUGUUGCACUGUUUGAUGCAGAAGAGGAAACAACUAAUCGACCCCCAAAAUCCAAAAUCAGACAUCCAGUGGCAUCAUUUUUCCAUUUAUUCUUUCGAGUCAGUGCAAUUGUAAUCUAUCUUCUCUGUGAAUUGUUCAGCAGCAGCUUUAUUGCCUGUAUGGUGACGAUUAUCUUGUUAUUGUCAUGUGAUUUUUGGGCAGUCAAGAAUGUCACAGGAAGACUAAUGGUUGGCCUGCGUUGGUGGAAUCAUAUUGAUGAAGAUGGAAAAAGCCAUUGGGUGUUUGAGUCCAGGAAGGCAUCCCCUCAAGAUAAUAAAACUGUUUCCGAGGCUGAAUCAAGAAUUUUUUGGUUAGGACUUAUUGCCUGUCCAGUGCUUUGGGUGAUAUUUGCCUUCAGCUCUCUCUUCUCCUUCAGACUGAAGUGGUUGGCAGUGGUUACCAUGGGUGUGGUGCUACAAGGUGCCAACCUAUAUGGCUACAUCAGGUGCAAAGUGGGCAGCAGAAAGAAUUUAACCAGCAUGGCCACAUCUUAUCUUGGAAAGCAGUUUUUAAGACAAAACACUGGAGAUGAUCAGACUUCCUGAAGAGGGGGAGAAGUCCCCUGUGGGCUGUUAUAUUGGGAACAACUGAAGAGAUUCUUCACUCUGAGCCUUUUAGAACUCAGUGCAUGUAGCAGAGAGAAGUAUUGUGUUUGUUUUUCCAUUUAAAAAUUUACUUAAAAAAACAAAUCGGAAAAGUAGUUUUCAUUUUCUUGCUAGCAUUUGGGGCUUAAAAUAUUGUAUUGCUAGAAACAUUGUCAAAAUUUGGUUUAUGGUGUACAUAUGUGUGUGCCCAGUCAUGUAAUUAAUAUCCACGCAUUAUAGUUUGAUAAGAGUCUUUAUAUUUGUGUACAUAUGUAAUGAAGACAUUUGCAUUUUGAUUCAUAGAAUAUAGAAGGUUCUUAAUCUCAUUUCAAAAUUAUGUAUAUUUAAAUAUUUCUGUAGGUUAUUUUCAGAAGAAAAUUUUGUUUCCAUGGUAAGAGUGAGCACUUCAACUAUGUAUAAGUUAGAAAUAAUUGUUAAUUUUAUGGCUUACUAUGUACUUGAUAAUGAAACUCUUAUUCUAGGCAUUCAAAGGCAGAUAUAAAACAAAUUUGGAUAGUGGUGUGAGCUAGUUUAUUUUUAUUGUAACAAGUCAUGUAUUUUAGGUCUAUUAAUAUAAAUGAGUUUUCAUGGUUUAAGUGUAAGAGAUACUUGUUUAUUGCUGUGUUCUACUUGUUUUUGGAGAUUACAGCCAGGAAGCUCUUGAAGAGUGUUCUUGGCCUAACAAAACAUUUUGCCAUGAAGAGAGCAUUAUUCUUCAGUCAUAGUAAGAAUAAUUAUUUAAAUACUUGGCAUAAUAAAUGCCUAAGAGACACUUUUUUUUAUGAAUCUAUUUUUUCUUGCUUUAGUGGGGAUAUUGUAAACCAUGUAUUUGUGUUAAUGGUAUUUCUUAAAAAGCAAUAUGUGUAACAGUCUAUGAACUUUACAGACGCAUGUAAAUUCUCUUAUAGGUAUUCGGUAACCUUUGUUGGAGUCUCAGUCUACAAACUGUUUUGCCAAUGUAUUUAUACAUUGUUAAACUGUUUUAAAGAUGUUUUGUUUAAUUGAAUAAGUGUCUAUUUGGAGUGAUAGCUUUGAAAGUGCAUAACUUUAUAUUUGUAUAAAACUCUAAUGUUUACAAAGCA